AUGGGGGUGGCUCGAGGUUUAGCGGAGGGGUCCGGGCUGGGUGGUUUGAGCAGGGAUGGUGGGUGUCGACGAAAGCUUCCAUGUCCUGUGGCGGGGGGGCUUCGUCAGGGAUCUCCAGAACCUAUGACGGUGGCGUGGCUAGGGCGGUUUUUGGGUGGAUCGGUGUGGCAGCGGGGCUUUGGUGGUCUGGGAGGAUCACUGGGGUGGCACGGCUAUGGUGGAUCUGGUCCGAUCGUGGAGGCGGCGUGGCUAGGCGGUUUCUGCGCGGUUCGUGGGGGGCGCGGCGGCUGUGGGUCUGGUAGUGUGAUCGGCGGCGCUGGAGGAUGA